AUGUUUUUAUGCGCUGAGUUUAGAAUGAAGGACAUGGGUACUAAUAGUUUGAUUUAUUUGGGAAUUUCCAUAUUGAAAUUAAAAGAUGACAUACUAUUGGAUCAAUCAUCUUAUUUGAAAAAGGUAUUAGUUAAAUAUGGUAUGGAAGAUUGCAAGCCUAUAGAUACACCAAUGGAAGUUAACUUCAAAAUCAUUAGCAAGGAAUGUUCAAUUGAUUAUACUCUUGAACUUAGAUGCAGAUCAUUAAUCGGGUCAUUAAUGUAUGUCACUGUAGGAACACGACCAGAUUUAGCUACCGCGGUUUACUAUUUGAGUCGUUUUCAGUCUAAACCUUGUAAAGAGUUAUGGAUGGCAUUAAAGAGAGUUUUAAGGUACAUAAAGGGUACUCUAAAUUUGAAACUGAAAUAUUCAAAAACCAAUGACUGCUCUAUUUUAAUUGGAUACGCUGAUUCAGAUUGGGCUAGAGAUGAAGACAGAAAGUCUACAUCUGGAUAUUUAUUCAAAAUUUAUAAUAAUUCAGUUAUUUGGAGAAGUAAAAAACAAACUUGUAUAGCUUUAAGUACGGCAGAAGCCGAAUUAGUUUCUUUAUGUGAAGCUGUAAAAGAAAUGAUAUGGAUCAUUAAAUUAUUAAAAGACUUCAAUUUGAAUGUUGAUCAGGUCACAGUUUUCGAAGACAAUCAGAGUACGAUCAAAUCAGCAAAGAAUCCUGAUCAAAAAUCAAUGAAGCAUUUAGAAAAAUGGUUUAGUUGA